UCCCUUUGUCAAUUAUCGCCCUUCACACACAAACAAGCACAGCAGAAUGGAGGUCACUGUGCUACAUGCAAAAAGUGGAAAGACAUUGACAACAUUACAAAAUUUAAAUGCAAAAUCCACAAUAGGAGAUGUCAAAAAGCAGUACCAGGUUAAAAAUUCAAAGUUUUAUCCAACUAGACAAGCAUUUAAAACUGAUCCAAAAGGAAAGGUAUUGAAGGAUGAAGAUAUUUUGGGAGAACUUGGACUUGCUAGUAAACCAACAUUGUAUUUUAAAGACCUUGGACCUCAGAUAGGAUGGUCUACAGUAUUUAUGUGUGAAUAUGCAGGACCGUUAGUAGUAUACCUUAUAUUUUAUACCAGACCAGCAAUUAUCUAUGGAGUAGCAGCAGCAUCAGAACCUAAAGCCAAUGUAGUACACAUUGCAGCAGCAUGUUAUUCUUUCCAUUAUAUCAAAAGAUUACUGGAGACAGUAUUUGUACACAGAUUCUCUAAUGCUACAAUGCCUAUUAUGAAUUUAUUUAAGAACUGCAGUUAUUACUGGGGAUUUUCAGCUUUUAUCAGCUAUUUUAUCAACCAUCCUCUGUAUACUACACCAGCCUAUGGAGAUCUUCAGAUAUAUGGUGGAUUAGCUGCAUUCUUGUUAUCUGAAUUUGGAAACUUAUCUGUCCACUUGUGCUUUAAGAAUAUGAGACCAGCAGGUACCAAGGUCAGAAAGAUUCCACAACCAGACUCUAAUCCCUUCAAUCAGCUGUUUAAAUGUGUAUCUUGUCCUAACUAUACCUACGAAGUAAUGGCAUGGAUUAGUUUCAGUGUUAUGACUCAGUGUUUACCAGCUGCAACGUUUACUGCUGUAGGAUUUUACCAGAUGGCAGUAUGGGCAAUAGGAAAGCAUAAAAACUACAAAAAAGAGUUCAAAGAUUAUCCAAGAGGAAGAAAGAGUAUUGUUCCUUUCUUGUUGUAGACAUUUUCUAUUUUUAAACGAGAGAAUGAAUGAAGUUUUGAAAAUGUUGAGAGAUCAUGAAAUAAAUUCUUUAAUCUUGUACUUAAUCCAGUGGAAUGCACAUUGUUUGUUGUUUUGAUGUGUCAACACUUUAUUUAUUGUCUUGUAAACAAUUUUAUUUUUAAUUUUGAUAUUAAAUGUGAUCAAAAUGA